AUGUGGGGUCAUUGGGCGGAUAACGCAUGGUUGGAAAACCGUUAUUUUCCAACCAAAUGAAAGCUGAAACAAUUUGAGUGGUACCUAACGAUUUCAAUGGCGUUGAGAGUUGUCUCUUCUUCUCCGGCCAUUUUUUCAUCACAAAGAAGAGCUGCUUCAGUUCUACCAUCAACACUCACAUUACCCAAUACCAACAGCUCCCUGUUAUCGUCAUCAUCACCCAUUUCUUCAAUUGACAGAACAAAAUCAGUUGUUACUCUCCGUAGCAAGACGAGUAGGCGUAGUGGAGUAGUGACAUGUUCUGCUUCGGUCCUCCCAAAGGCACUGCUAUUCGACUGCGAUGGCGUACUUGUCGAUACUGAAAAAGAUGGUCAUCGUAUCUCUUUCAAUGAUACCUUUUCUGAGAAGGAAUUGGGUGUAACUUGGGAUGUUGAUUUGUAUGGAGAAUUACUCAAAAUUGGAGGUGGAAAAGAAAGGAUGACAGCCUACUUUAACAAAGUAGGUUGGCCAGAAAAUGCACCAAAAACUGAAGAAGAAAGAAAGGAGUUUAUUGCAGGACUUCACAAGCGAAAGACCGAAUUAUUCAUGGUUCUCAUUGAGAAGAAAUUGCUACCACUUCGGCCAGGUGUUGAAAAGUUGAUUGAUCAGGCUCUGGGUAAUGGAGUUAAAGUUGCAGUAUGCAGCACUUCCAAUGAAAAGGCGGUCUCAGCCAUAGUCUCGUGUUUGUUGGGACCAGAGCGAGCAGAACAGAUCCAGAUAUUUGCAGGUGAUGUGGUUCCUCGCAAGAAGCCUGAUCCGGCCAUUUAUCUGUUAGCAGCCGAAACCCUUGCGGUUGAUCCUUCAAGUUGUGUUGUCGUAGAAGAUAGUGGCAUAGGUCUUGCAGCUGCCAAAGCAGCUGGAAUGACAUGCAUUGUGACCAAGAGUGGGUACACAGCAGAAGAGAAUUUCUCAAAUGCAGAUGCAGUUUUUGAUUGCAUUGGAGAUCCUCCCGAGGAACGGUUUGACUUGGCAUUUUGCGGAAGCCUUCUUGAGAAACAAUAUGUGAGUUAGUGCAUAAGGGCGCUUGUUUAUUGGCAUGUUUUGCUAACCACAUAUCAGUUCAUGUACUGUAUCUCCCCAAUGACUGUUCAAUAAAAAGUCUAAUGUCAUUUCAUCUCUUGAUGCCUUCUCUGUUAGUCUCCAAACACAAUAUAUGAACUUCCAGUUUUCCUUUUCUUUUGUAGAGUGUGGAGAGGAGGUGAUAGAAAUGAUAAAAUUACUAUUUGCAUAGCAUAAAGACACAACUUACAAAUUAAUAAACAUAAUUUGAGGACAUUAGUACUA